AUGUCUCUGGAGAAACGAACCUCCAGACUCUUUGGGUCGAGAAUCUCCGCUAUUUUCUCCUCCAAUGACCACCCACACCUUGAAAGACGGGAUUCGACCACCCGAGGCGCUUCGCUGGCUCAGGCCAAUGCAGCAAGAGCCACGGCACAGCCGCUAUCGCGAGCUCCGCUUAUCAACACGGGACACAGCAUGACGUACGGUAGAGAUGACCUUUCGACCUCGAACGCUCAAGCUGAAACUGGCGCAAACGGACCCCUUACACCGAAAAGAAGCACCAAGGGACUUGCUACCUACUCAAAUGCCGUGUCGUCGCCGGAUGUCACUCCUUUAGCGCUGCCAACUGCGAGUACAGGCAGACGUCAUAGAAAACCUCCACCACCACUAGAUCUUACACUGGAGAUACAACCUAGCCCCUUCAAACAGCUACUGCAACUCCCAGCCACACAGCUCACUUCAGAGAGUACACCUCUGCAUAAUGUUCACGAAGGACUCACAGAUAUAAUUGAUUCGCUCGAAGAGGAAAUUGGCAACAUGAUGGGAACGCCAGAACGAACACAAACGUUCCAUUCUUCGGACCUGAGGCUGGUCUCUGCAGAACCAACAGAUCCGCUCAAUUUCCGAAAACCUAACGUUAUACCAGAAGUGAAUGUCCAUAGCAAACUGAGGGUUUCAAAUGAACUGGCUAUAGACAACCAAAACGCUCGUUUUCCAUCGCAAGGGCUUAUUAAAACCAACGCAUACGUUCGUGAAAUGCCAGGACUACCCGAAGAACUUCGUACCCAGUUCUCUUAUAGUCUGCCAGAGAGACGUACCCCUUCAACUACGGAUAACCUGCCGCUUCUACUCUCUCCUUCAAAGGAUAUAAUACAGGGCCCCCUGCUGCCAGCAUAUGGCAUUGGUCGCCGGAGUAUGGUCACCAGUAAAGAGCCUAUCGACUCAAUAUCUCCAGCUAGCGGACUUGGAUAUGCCAAUCCAGAUGUGGCCAGCCCACUCAAGUCCAAUAUUAGUGCAGAUUCAAAACUGCCAAUUUCAGGAGAUUUCGAAUUUGCUGCAGAAAAUGAUGAGUACAGCCUGUCCGAUGACUUAGAAAGUAUGCACACACUGGAGCAACAGCUAUGGCCGGCAGAUACACAUUCUCUAUCCACACAGAGUAACUCGAUCACUGCCAGUCGCGACAGUUUGGGUGCCCAGAACCUGGAGAGUCUGAGGCCGGCGCUGCUCAUGCGCAGCCAGGAGAGCGGGACAGGGUCAAACUCGCGUUCCGCCCUGCCUGCGUUCUUUGUUCCUGAAAAGAUUGGCGAUUCUACCAAUGGAUCGAGGUCAAACUUGGACUUGAUUCUUGAGAAUGCGGAUGGCCCAGAACCUCCCAACCAUAGCAAUUUUGGCCCCCUGAAUUCUGUGACAGGGACAAAUGCAACUAGAGCUUCUAUGAGUCAAAAUGUACAAGCGAGUCCUGGUUAUCCACUUGCGGAGAACAUUGACAUGUUACUGGGAUACACAUUUGGCCACAGCAGCCCGCAGAAUCCUCGCAGUCCACUCAAACCUACGCCAACAUUUAUGUCUACUGAAUCUGGAAUGUCUGGAGUUUCUGGGGUUUCAAGAACGUGGUCAAACUCAGCACUGUUAAAAAACUUUCACCAACGGAUGCUGCUGGCUAGCUCGAUCACAUCCAAUUUAUCCAACAGGCCUGUUAAUUUGGCCACUUUGAAGCGGUCGUUUAGUCUUCGCCCUGGAGAAGGUGAACAAUCUGCUUACGUUCAGACUAUUCGAAAAAGAGUAGGUACUUCUUAUAAUGAAACUGGUCCUGGCAGGUGGAAGUUGCCUACCGGUAUUAUGCCUGUGGACAAGAAGAGCUUGUAUCUUCAGAUCAGCAACAAAUACAAUCGUGGUGGAAACAGCGCACGUGGUAAGAAGGCCAGUGGAGUGGAGUUGAAGCAUGGACAUUUACGUCCACGUAUGUUAGCGGCGGAGGUUGACGAUAGUGAUGAUAGCAACAGGUUUGGAUCGUUGGGUCGGUCAAUAUCUAAUGCAGUAACCAGUUCCACGACGCCUAAAGGAAUAACUCCAGUAACGUCGAAGUCCUCAAAUUCCAUCUUGGGAGGUAUUUCCCGAGAGAGCUCUCUCAAUCGUUCCAAAUCGCUUGCUUCGGGCUCGACAAAUAACGAUAUCCAAAGCGUGCGUACGAGAGACUCUAAAGUUUCUCGAAUUGACAGUGACGCGUCUUCAUCGAACUCUGAUGGUUCAAUCUCUGAAUACAAGUUCCUGGAUGGUUACUACCAACAUCCAAGAUACAAGUAUGAUGAUGAGGCAGACAGCGAGCGAUUCAGCCCUUCAACAGAAGAUGGAACAAUGAAUGCAAAUUAUGACGACAUCGACGAUAUCAACGAGGACUACGAUGAUGAAGAGGAGAAGCCACGUCUUUUCCUUGCAAACCCUGAUCUGUCCAGUGAGGAAUGGAAUUAA